ACAUGGAUUGACACGUAUUUACCUUCUACUUGGAAACCAUACGCACGUCUGGCCCGGAUGGAUAAGCCAAUCGGUACGUGGUUGCUGCUAUGGCCGUGUUAUUGGUCUACAGCACUAGCCACGAGCCCUGGUGUCGGUAGUCUUCCCGAUCCUUCUUUGCUAGCCUUAUUUGGUGUAGGAGCCGUUGUCAUGCGGGGUGCUGGUUGUACUAUUAACGAUAUUUGGGAUGCCGAUGUCGAUCGGCAAGUUUCUAGGACCUCCUCUCGCCCUCUGGCCAGUGGAGCCGUUACACAGUCCCAAGCCUGGGCAUUUCUAGCAGCACAAUUGACUACGGGACUGGCCGUCUUGCUGAGUCUACCGCACACCAUGUACUGCUUUUAUUGGGGUGCGGCUUCGCUUCCGCUUGUUGUGGCGUAUCCCGCCAUGAAACGAUUCUUUCCGUAUCCGCAACUCGUGCUAGGACUGACCUUCAAUUGGGGUGCCUGGAUGGGAUGGGCAGCUACGCACGGGUCGAUGGAUUUUGCCGUUGUGGGACCACUCUACAUGUCUGGUAUCACUUGGACGCUGGUGUACGAUACCAUUUAUGCUCACCAAGACAAAGUCGAAGAUCGACAACUUGGCUUACAAUCAACUGCGCUGACUUUUGGCGAGGACAAUCAGCAGAGAAGGAUUCUACACGGUUUGGCCAUGGCGACGUACCUGCAAUGGAUGCUGGUAGGACACCAAGCCGAACUGGCGGCCGUAUACUAUGCAGGUAUUACAGCCGCGUAUGGUCAUUUGGCGUGGCAAGUUCAGUCGGCGGACUUUAACGAGCCACACAACGUUAUGACACGAUUUCGAAGUAAUAGUGCUGUCGGAGCUUUAGUCUUUGGAUCGCUAGUGGCGGGAACCUAUUUUAGUUGA